UUAUUACCUCUUACAUCAUCCAAUAAAAUGCCACUUCAACAAGUGUUCAGAUUUGGUCAGAAGAAGAUCAGAGGAACCUCUGCAAAACAAAAAUGGAAUUAUUAAUCAUCCUUUUCCUCUUCUUUUGCUUGCCUUGUUCUCUUCUUCUUUCCCUUGUGAGCCUCAUCAGCUUCUUGAAUAGAGCAUGGCUGAAACCCAUCAUGAUUCAGUCUUCCAUGGGUCGCCAAGGAGUCAACGGCCCUCCUUACAGAUUCCUCCAUGGGAACACCAAAGAGAUCAAUCACAUGAGAAAUGAAGCUCUUGCCACUUCGAUGGAGCUACUUUCCCAUCAUCAGCUGUUCCCCAGAAUCAUGCCUCAUGUCUAUUCAUGGACCAAGAUUCAUGGGAUGAACUUUCUGAAUUGGUAUGGAACAAGGCCACAGCUGGUGAUUACUGAUCCUGAGCUAGUGAAAGAGGUGCUGAGCAAUAGAGAAGGAGCAUAUCCCAAGAAGUUCAUCCAAAGCUAUGCUAAGAAGUUUCUUGGGGAUAGCCUAUUCUCUUCACAGGGAGAGAAGUGGGUCAAGAUGAGGAAACUUGCAAACCAAGCUUUCCAUGGCGGGUCGUUGAAGGCUAUGACUCCUGCAAUGAUUGAUAGUGUGGAGGUCAUGCUUCAGAGAUGGAGAGAUGUGAAAGAGAUUGAUGCAUUUCAGGAAUUCAAGCUGUUGACAUCAGAAGUGAUCUCCAGGACAGCAUUUGGGAGUAGUUAUGUGGAAGGCAAGAAUGUUUUUGAUAUGUUGACGAAGCUUGGUCUCAUAGUCAACAGAAACAACUUCAAAGUCAGCAGCAUUCCAGGGUUAAAUAAGCUUUGGAGAACAAGUGAUGAUAUCGAAUCAGACAAACUGGAGCAAGCAAUUAAGGAAGCAAUCAUAGAGCUGAUAAGGAAGAGGGAAGGAAGAGAUGGUUAUUACAAUGGAAGUGAUGACGACUUCCUUGGCUCCCUUCUCAAUGCUUUUCAUGACAGUGACUUGUCUAGGAAGAUAACAAUCGACGACGUUGUUGAUGAGUGCAAGGCAUUCUAUGUUGGUGGCCAUGAAACCAUCACAAGCUCCCUCACAUGGACAGUUUUCCUCCUAGCAAUCCACACAGACUGGCAGGACAAGGCUAGAAAAGAGGUUAUAGAAUUGCUUGACCAACACAAUCCAAUCACACUUGAUGGUGUCUCUAGAUUGAAGCAGAUGGCAAUGGUUGUGAAUGAAUCAUUGAGGCUAUAUCCACCAGUUUUCAACCUCACAAGGGAAGUUGAGAGGGAGACCAAGCUGGGGAACUACAUCCUUCCUGCAAACAUGGCACUGAGUCUACCCAUCUUAGCAAUUCACCAUAACCCUUUGCUGUGGGGAGAAGACUGUCAUCAUUUCAAGCCAGAGAGGUUUGCUGCUGAUCAUGGUUUGGCCAAAGCAUUCUUACCAUUUGGGUCUGGGCCAAGGACUUGUGUGGGGUUGAACUUUGCAGCAGCAGAGAUCAAGAUCGCUCUCUCGAUGAUUCUCCGACGAUACAGAUUCAGUUUGUCACCUUCUUAUGUCCAUGCACCAGUUCACAUGCUCACAAUCUGUCCCAAGUAUGGACUCCAAAUCCUUCUCCACCCACUGUAACACAGUUACGGAGAAAAGAAAGGAGGCAAGUUCCAAGUCAUUGAAUGCUUAUAUUUUGUACAACAGUAUUUUCAACAGAAACUAAGAAAAGGGUUUGGAUGAAAACUUGCUGUUUUCUUUAAGUUGUGAAUUUGCACAAGGUUGAGCUUAUAUAGGCUAUGGUUUAGAACCCUAUUGCUACUUACAGUGAGGCUAACAACAAAACAAAGCUAACUAACUACUGUAAACAACAAAUGGGUGGGGUGAAGUUGUGCAUGGCUUCUUCAAGCAAGCAGCAGAAGAUGGAAAUCCCAUAUAAAUGAUUAUAUGUGACACAUUUAAGUCCAUGCGCGAACACUGACCAAACAUUAUCCUGAUCACAUCUUAAUACGACACUCACAAUACGAUUUUGGUCUACAGAUACGAGAUAUAAUCAAGUGGUUCUCAACAGACUCAACACAUGAUAUCGGAACAUUCUGUGAUUGAACGAUCGCUGCAUUCUAAACGUCACAUAACUCCAAUAUCAACACUUUAAUAAUUGGAUACUAGACAUGACACACAUUUGUACAAGCUUCAAUCCCAACACAAGCAAACUCCUCCAUUUACCUUUCCAUCAAAAUGUGGCAUCAUCAUCCAUCAAUCAAUCAAAUCAAAAGAACACAACCAAAUAUCCCAAAACCCCUCUCCACAAAAAGAGAAAACAAAGAAAUGAAAACGGUUCCAAGAUAUCAAACCACCUUAUGUAAUCACUUAAUUUACAACAGCCUCCUUAACUACUUCCACAGGCUGUGCAUCCUCUGCCUCCUUCUUAGCUUCCACAACAGUAACUUCUUCUACCUUCUCAGCAACAGCUGCCUUCUCUUCCUCUGCUUUCGGCUGGGGCUUCUCUUCUUCAGCACAAGCUGGCAAUGGCUCUUCAACUGCAGCAGCAGCAGCAGCAGUAGAUGGCUCUGGUUUUGGUGUCGACUCAACCACUGUCACUACUGAUUUCUUCUCCUCUUCUUCUUCCUUUACUUCUUCUUUUACUUCUUCUUCAUCAGCUUUUACUUCUGGAGCUGCCUCUGUUUUGGUCUCUGGCUCUUUGCAAUCUUCAGCUGCUGGUGGUGGAGGUGGUUGUGUCACUUUUUCAUGUACUGCUACCUCCUCUGCUUUUGGUUCUGCUUCUGCUGAUACUGGUGGCUUUUCAUUGCCUUCUUCCACAGAGGUCUCUUUUCCUUCUGUGCUCUGUUUUUUUUUUGCAUACAAACGUAAGUUUCAAAAAGUUCAUCAACUCAUUCAUCCAUCCAAACACUCUGCGGUUUAAUCUAAUUCGAGUCGAGUAAGUCUAACUAAACGCGCAAGAUGUACAAUAUCAUUGUCGACAAUAUUAACUAAUGCAAUUGUUUACGUAACGCGCAACUGCUUAAACCAAAUAGACGAAUGAGUAGUUAUUGAUUGAAAUUAAACCGCGAACCAUGAGAUUUAAGAACGAGCCGAGCAACAACGAUAAAGGGUCAAUCAAACCUAAUUGACAUAAUACAUAGACAUGUGCAUGUUAUGCAUGGCAGUUUUUUUACAAAGUUGUGUCAUAGAAAGUUAUUGGAUGAAGACUGAUGGAGGACCCCCUUUUUUUGCCCUUUCCUGUUGCAUAAUAACUACCAAAGAAGCAAGAACACGACAAUGGAGGACCCAAAACAAUAAUGGGGUUAUGUGAGGUCAUUUUCCAAAUUGAGAACCCUAAAAAAACACCACAUGUUUGCUUGUCAAGUAAUUGUCACAUAGAAAAGAAUUUGAUUUUGAUAUAUGAUAGGCUACUUGCCUACUUACUACACAUGCAUUAAACAUAGCAUACUGAGCUUUUGGUCUAAAGCGUGACACAUAUCAAUCCAUUGAAUAUUCUAAAAGUUUGUGCGAAUAACUAAAUCAAUACAUUAUAACCCUACCCUACCCGAUAAGAGUAACUCUAAAUCAUUAGUGUAAAUCGAUUUCCUUGUUCAAUACAUCGAUAUGUUUUUA